CAGAUUUUGACACAAAAUUAACUUGCAUAUGUCUAUUCUUGGCAUGGAAGAUGGAAAAGAUGAGGAGUUUUUGAGCCUUGGAUUGGCUAUUGUUGCUGAAUCUUGCAGCCAAAAGAGGCAUAAGAGAAAAAGAAGAGAUGAAGCAACAUUAGUCCAAUUGGAUUUGAAUGAAAGUUGGGAAGGUAAAAUAUUUAGCCUUCUUCAAAUGAGAGAACAAAUGAUGACUAAACUGGAUCAUCACAAGAGAGACAUCAUUACUACUGAUCAAGGAGCUGAUCAUCAUAAUCACAAGGAUAUUGGAGGAAAAGGGCUUCAGUUAAUUCAUUCGUUGCUCAUAUCCGCAACUUCAGUUGAUGAAAAUGAUAUGGAUUCAGUAGCUGAGAAUCUUUACGAUUUGUACCAAAAUAUAUCAUUAUUUGGAGAUUCCCUCCAAAGGGUAGCAGCAUAUUUUGCAGACGGAUUGAUUGCUCGGCUUCUUACACGAAAAUCGCCUUUUUAUGACAUGAUCAUGAAGACUCCCACGCAAGAAGAAGAGUUCUUAGCUUUCACUCACUUUUAUAAGGUAUCGCCAUUCUAUCAAUUUGCCCAUUUCACAGCUAACCAAGCCAUCAUGGAGACCUUCGAAAAUGAGGAACCAAACAAUAAUCGAUUUUUGCACAUCAUCGAUUAUGACAUUUGUUAUGGAUUCCAAUGGCCUUCUUUAAUUCAGUCUCUUUCAGAAAUCGCAACAAGCACUAAUCGAACUUCUCUGAAAAUAACCGGCUAUGGAAGAAGCUUGGAGGAAUUGCAAGAAACAGAAACAAGAUUAGUUGGAUUUGCAAAGGGAUUUCGCAGCUUGAUAUUUGAGUUCCAAGGGUUACUAAGAGGAUCAAAGAUUGGAAAUCUUAAGAGAAAGAAGAAUGAGACGGUCGUUGUGAAUUUAAUUUGUCACCUCAAUACUUUAAAUUCUGUCUCAAAAAUUUAUGAGACAUUGAAAAGUGUACACAUGAUCAAUCCAUCAAUUGUUGUGAUGGUUGAAAAGGAAGGUUGCAAAAGCCCUCACAUUUUUUUGUCAAGAUUUAUGGAAUCUUUACACUAUUUUGCGGCCAUGUUCGAUUCAUUGGAUGAUUGUCUUCCUGUUGAUAGUGAUGAGAGAUUGAACAUUGAGAAGAAUCAUCUUGGAAAAGAGAUCAAAUGUUUGAUAAAUUAUGACAGGGAUUGUGUCAAUAGUAAUACUCCAUUAAGAUAUGAGAGGAUGGAAACAUGGAAGGCAAGAAUGGAGAGCCAUGGAUUUAGUGCAUGCAAAUUGAGCUCGAAAUCUCUUAUCCAAGCUAAAUUACUUCUCAAAAUCAGAACCCAAUACUCUCCAGUUCAGUUUGGUGGUGGAAACGGUGGAUUUCGGAUCUUUGAAAAUGAUGAGGGAAAUGUUAUUUCUUUAGGUUGGCAAGAUAGAUGCUUGAUAACUGCCUCUGCAUGGCACUGUGUACAAUAG